CCAUUAAACCUCAGAUGAAGAAGAUUAGUUUCACCGCGCUCUCUGUUGUUUUGUCGUGAUGAUGGCUUAAUACAAACGGUUAGAAAUGUUGUUUCUGUUAAUAGAGAAAUACAGUUUUUGGAUCAGGACAAUAAAUACCUGUAAUAUUCUCAUCCUCACAGUCGUGACUAAGUUUUGAAGCAAGCAGGAAUAUCUGGAGGAGUAUCAUCUGAACUGAGACCUGCUGCUGUGAAGAUGGUGUUUGUUAAAGAGGAGAGUGAGGAGAACACGAGUGAACCAGAAACAUGGAGAAUAAAACACGAGGAACCAGAAACCUGGAGAAUAAAACACGAGGAACCAGAAACCUGCAGAAUAAAACACGAGGAACCAGAAACCUGGAGAAUAAAACACGAGGAACCAGAAACCCGGAGAAUAAAACAGGAGGAACAAGGAGGCCUGAUGAAAGUGAAAGAAGAAAAACAAGAUCUGAAUGAAGUGGAGGAGAAACAUAAGGAUCAGAAAGAUCAUGAUGUCAAUGGAGAAAAAUCAGUGAAUUGCAGCAUUCAAAUAACAGACGUCAAAAGGCCUUUCAGCUGCUCUCAGUGCAGAAAGUCUUUCACACGUAACAAAAAUCUUAAGGAUCAUAUGUUAAUUCAUGCUAGAAUAAAGCCUUUCAGCUGUUCUCAGUGUGGAAAGAGUUUUACACAGAGAGCAAGCGUUAAGAAUCACAUGAGAAUUCAUACUGGGAUAAAGCCUUUCAGCUGCUCUCAGUGUGGAAAGUGUUUUACACAGAAAGGACAACUUCAAAAUCAUUUGGUAACUCACACUUCAGAAAAGCCUUUCAGCUGCUCUCAGUGUGGAAAGUCUUUCACACGUAAAGCAAGCCUUGAAAAUCACAUGUUAAUUCAUACUGGAGUAAAGUCUUUCAGCUGCUCUGAGUGUGGAAAGAGUUUUGCAUAUAAAGUAUGCUGUGAGAAUCACAUGUUAAUUCAUGCUGGAAUAAAGUCUUUCAGCUGCUCUCAGUGUGGAAAGAGUUUCACAAGUAAAGGAUACCUUAAGACUCACAUGUUAAUUCAUACUGGGAUAAAGUCUUUCAGCUGCUCUCAGUGUGGGAAGAGUUUUACACACAAAUCGAGCCUUAAGAGGCACAUGUUAAUUCAUGCUGGGAAAAAGCCUUUCUCCUGCUCCCAGUGUGGAAAAACUUUUAGAGAUAAAUCUAACCUUAAGGAUCACAUGGUAAUUCAUACUGGGAAAAAGCCUUUCACCUGCUCUCAAUGUGGAAAAACUUGUACACAGAAAGGACAACUUAAGAUUCAUUUGCUAACUCACUCUUCAGAAAAGCAUUUCAGCUGCUCUCAGUGUGGAAAGACUUUUACACAUAAAUCAAACCUUAAGAGGCACAUGUUAAUUCAUACUGGGUAAAAGCCUUUCACCUGCUCUCAGUGUGGAAACACAGAAAGGACACUGCAAGGUUCAUCGAUGUGCGUGCUGUUGCUUACUCUUUGUUAGAUGAUUCCCACCCUAUGUAUCACAAGUUUCACCUUCUCCCUUCUGGCAUUUGUUAUAGAACCCCUAUUAGUAAAACAAAUCAGUUUAGACCUUCAUUCAUCCCCUCAGCUGUAAAGUUUUUAAAUUUCAGUUAAGAACUUUUUAGGAACGAAAUGUGCUGUGUUUUUUUUGUAUUUUGUUUUUGUUGUUUAUGUUAAAUGAUUGUUUGCUGCAACCAAAUUGCCUUCGGAAAAUGAAUAAAGAUGAACUGAACCUGC